AAUAAACACGGCUUGGCCGCUCGACAACUACUUAAAAGUCGUGCUUAUUACGCUACGAGAAUGUAUUUCCUGCGUCUUCGUAAUAUUGACUAAUUAGUGAUAGAUCAAAGCUUUGUUGUGUUUUAAGGGAAUAUCGCCAUUGUUUCAUGCAUCUGUGUGGUCAGUUUGUACGUUGAAAAGCCGAGGAUUGCUUCAGAUACUGUCCAGUGGUUCGUUCCAUCCGCGGUGAAGCGGUUUUAAAUUUCCGUGAGUAAGAACAAAAUGGCGGCGAAAAUGUCGUUCAACUAUUACCAGCACGGUAAAUACGGCACCCUGCCUCAAAACGGACAGGCAAACAUGGAUGUGACGCCGGACCUCCACCUUAAAAUGUCAAAGAAGAUCGCCCAGUUAACUAAGGUGAUUUAUGCUUUGAACACAAAAAAUGAUGAACAUGAACAGGUACUGCAAAGUAUGAAAGAACACCACGAAGAGGACAUGCAACAAUUGAUGGUGGAAGCUAAGGACAAAAUAGCCAUGUAUAAAAGUAAAAUUAACAAUGACACUGAUCAAAAGAGACGAAUGGAAACAUUGGAGGACAGUAUCAGUGAAUAUGAGCGUCAACGGAGGCAGGCGUUAGGGGAAUUUAAUGACUAUAAGCGGAGAGCUGAGGAUAGAGAGAUGCAUUUAAAAAUUGAACAUUCACAGAAAAUACUAAAUUUAUCAAAAGAGCUUUUACAGGUGAAGAAAGAUUUUGAAGCCAAGUUGAAUUAUUUUCAAGAAAUGCAAGUGAAAUUCAACAGUGACAAAAAUGCGGCGUUGGAUGACUUGAAAAAAGCACAUGCUAAGGAGAUUGAUGAACUGCUGAAAGCACAACACAUGCAUCAUACAGACUUGUCAACUGAGAAGGAAAGCAUACACAAACAAUACAGAGAACAAAUUUCUGAAUUGGAAAAUAAAUAUGAACAAUUAAAUCAAGCCAAAUCACAAAUGUGUGAGGAUUAUGAGGACAAACUGAAAAAAGCUCAAGCUUUUUACGAAAAGGAACUUGCUGUGUUGAAAGAACACGACCAGAAGAAAAUAAUCGAAGAAUACCAGGAAAGGGAGAGGAUCAUGAAACGAGAAUUUGGUCAAAAAGAACAACAUUUGACAAGAAAAGUUGAAGAACUGGCCAAUCAGCUAGAGUUAAGUGAAAGCGAUUUAGAGAGACUUAAACACCAAUUAUCGGAAACAGAGGGUUAUUUAGAAUCCAAGGAAAGUGAUUCAUCUGCUUUGAGUCAACAAUUGGCUUAUGCCAAACAAGAAAGCAUGGUUGCUAUGACACGAUUGAAACAAGUCGAAAGUGAACUAAUAGCGUCCAAAGAAAUGUGUUCCCAACAAGCCAAGGAUCUUCUUAAGAAAUCAAGUAUGCUUGGCACUCUGGAAGCCACCAAAAUAAGCAAUGAAGCCACUAUCCAAGAUCAACAAAGUGAGUUAUUUAAAAUAAAAGACAGACUGUCUUGGCUGGAGAAUGAAAGAAAAAGUCUGGAAAAUAAAAGUCAAACAUUGGCAGACCAACAGGGUGGUCAGGUUAGGGCUUUAGAAAAGGCACUGGAAAAAUUAUCAUCGGAAAAAGACGAUAUGAGGGAAAAUUACGAGAAGCAGAUUGCUAGUAUUAAACAAGUUACCAAAGACAAUUUAGAAAAACUACAGACUGAACACAAAUUCAAAUUAAGUGAGCUCAUAAAAGAACAUCAAGAGAAGAUGGAAUCUAUACAGAGAGAAAAUAAGGAGCAGUUGGAAUCACUUAAACAGGAGUCAGAAAAAAAACUAUCAGAAGAAAAAGAUCGGUUAACCAACGAAAAGGAAAAGAUUCAAGAAGAGCUUGACAAAGUCAGAUCUGAGUUGACGUAUAAAUUGAAAAUGGCAGAAGAUGAGAUUUCUAGAUUACAGAAGUUAGUAGCCGAGAGUGAAGAUGGAUUGGGGUCAGCGGGCUCGCAUAUAAAUAGUUUGAAAACUGCAAAUAAUGAAUUACAGGCGCAGCUAGAGAACACAACAGCGGAGUUGCGCGUAAAGAAGAAUGAAGCCGCUACAUUACAGGCUGACAUUAUGAAACUGAGAAAGGAUCACAACAACGUGAUGGAGUCGGUGAGAAAAGAUACAAAAUUUAAAUUAGAACAGUUAUCUAAAGAGUUGGACAGUAAAUGGGCUGAGACCCUCAGGAAAGAAUGCAACAAGCUUCGUAUGGAGCUCAUAGAACAACAUAAUGAAGACAAAGCGGCUGCAUUGCAACAGUUGUCGUUGAUGAAGAACCAAGAAAUGGAUGCAGCCCGCCAAGGAUGGCAAGUCAAAGUAGAGGACCUCUUAAAAGAGAUUUCUAUGUUGAAAAUGAAUCUAACUGAGAGAAAUCAAGAAGCCAGUGAUGAGACGCAGCGACUCAGGAGAGAGAUGGAUGAGGAGAUAAGACGAAUACGUAAGGAAAUGGACGAUAGCAUUGAAGAGUAUACAAAGCGAAUUAGUGCAAUAGAAGCAGCAAACGUGGCUGAAAGGAACAGAUUAGAAGAUGAAAAACAGGUUGAAUUACAAAAUUUGGAAGAGAAGAUGAAAAAGAUCCAUGAAGAUGAGUUGAUGUCUCAGAUACUUAAUAAUAAUUUGGCAAUUGAAAGAACGAAAGAAGAGGCAGAGACACAAAAAAUGUUGGAUAUCGACAGUUUGAAGAUGGAGCAUCAGCAGUACUGUGAGAAAAUCAAAUCAGAUUUUUCCAAACGUCAUAUGGGGGAAUUGGAUCAGUUAACUCGGGCGCAUAAAACACAAAUGGGUGCUGUGAAAAUGGAGUUAGAAAGAGCCUUGGAGCUGAAACAACGACAGGAAACAGAUUAUCAAGAUAAAAUACACGACUUGCAAGAUGAUCUGAGGCACAGAGAGCGGCACAUCGACAAUGUUGAAGCAGAGAUCAGAGAAAUCAAAGUAGACAUAGAUCAACUAAACAAAGAAAUUGAGUUUAAAGGACAAGAGAUUCUUAGAAUAAAAAGUGCAACUAAUAAUCAACUCAGAAAGCAAGAAAAUGAAUUGGCCAAGAAACAUCAAAAACACCUUGAUAACUUGGCAGCAGAGCAUCUGAGAGAAACACAGAGCAUGCUGGGAGAAUUUAACCGAGCCCAAGAAUUAUUAAAAGAUAAAAUUUCAGCGCUUCAAAUUAUGGAUCUUAAAAAGAAAAUGAGUGCCAGUGCUAUGGGUGAGAAGACAGCACAACGCUACGUCAGUGCUCCCAGUCUGAACACAAUGAGUGGCUCCAUGUCAAAAUUAGAGCCUUUACGUGCUUCCCCCAUGCAUGAUAGAUUACUGAAUCCAAACAGACCACUACAAGAUGUUCCUUUUGGUUUUAAUCCAAAACCUCCACCGGUUAGGAAGUUUCUACAGUGA